ACAAAUAUGGCCUUUGGGUUUUUGCCACAAAACACCUUAGGAUUUGUUGCCCCCUUCCUUCCCAAUUUUGCAGCCAUUUUUUUACUCUUCCACCUGAACAACAGGAGAGACCAAUCAAGAAGAACCCUAACUUUUUCCAAUUUCGAAAGUUUUCAUCUUUUUUUCGAAUACAUUCGCGUAUAUGGGCGGCGGCGAUCUCCCUAUCUCCGUCACAGACAUCAGGAUGGAGAAUGAGCCUGAUGACUUAGCUAGCGAUAAUGUGGCGGAGAUUGAUGUCAGUGACGAAGAGAUUGAUGCCGAAGACCUUGAGAGACGGAUGUGGAAGGAUCGCGUCAGGCUCAAAAGAAUCAAAGAACGAACUAAAAUCGAUUCUUCUCAAACGAAGGAGACGCCUAAGAAAGUCUCUGAACAAGCGCAGAGGAAGAAAAUGUCUAGAGCGCAAGACGGUAUACUCAAGUACAUGUUGAAGCUCAUGGAAGUCUGCAAAGUCCGCGGCUUCGUCUACGGUAUCAUACCCGAGAAGGGGAAGCCUGUGAGCGGCUCCUCUGACAAUAUAAGAGCUUGGUGGAAAGAGAAGGUCAAGUUUGAUAAGAACGGUCCUGCCGCGAUUGCUAAGUAUGAAGAGGAGUGUUUAGCCUUUGGGAAGUCAGAUGGAGAUAGAAACUCUCAGUUUGUUCUGCAAGAUUUGCAAGAUGCUACUUUAGGGUCUUUGUUGUCUUCUUUGAUGCAGCAUUGUAAUCCUCCGCAGAGGAAGUAUCCGUUGGAGAAAGGGACUCCUCCGCCUUGGUGGCCUAGUGGGGAUGAAGAGUGGUGGGUGAAGCUUGGACUGGGUAAAGGCCAGAGUCCUCCUUAUAAGAAGCCGCACGAUCUCAAGAAGAUGUGGAAAGUUGGGGUUUUGACGGCUGUGAUCAAUCAUAUGUCGCCUGAUAUUGCGAAGAUCAAGAGGCAUGUUCGCCAGUCUAAGUGUUUGCAGGACAAGAUGACCGCUAAAGAGAGUGCGAUUUGGUUGGCGGUUUUGAACCAGGAGGAGUCUCUUAUCCCGCAGCCUAGUAGUGAUAAUGGAGCUUCUAAUGUGACCGAGACACACCGGAGAGGUAAUAACGCUGAGAGGAGGAGAAAGACUGUGAUCAAUGGUGACAGUGACUAUGAUGUUGAUGUGACGGAGGAGGCUUCAGGUUCAGUUUCUUCGAAAGACAAUAGAAGAAAACAAACUCAAAAAGAACAACCAGCAGCCACUUCACAGACAGUAAGAGAUCAAGAUAAAUCAGAGAAACACCGGAGAAGGAAAAAACCUAGAAGAACUGUCAAUGGAGAAGAGGAAGAACAGCCAGAAGCUGAACAGAGAAAUGUUCUACCUGAUAUGAAUCAUGUUGAUACUCCUCUGCUAGAAUAUAAUAUCAACGGUACUAAUCACCAAGAGGAAGGUGUUUUAGAACCAAACAUCGCCUUAGAACCAGAGGAGAACAGUCUGGAGUUGGUGAUCCCUGAGUUUAAUAACAACUAUACUUAUCUUCCUCCUGUCAAUGGACAAGCUAUGAUACCUGUAGAGGAAAGGCCAAUGCUUUACGGAACAAACACUAACCAGGAGUUGCAGUUUGGGUCAGGUUAUAACUUUUAUAAUCCCUCUGCAGUGUUUGUGCACAAUCAGGAAGAAGACCUUAUCCAUACACAGAUAGAAAUGAACCCACAAGCACCGCCUCAUAACGGUGGAUUCGAGGCUACAGGAGGAGUACUUCAACCCCAUAAUUUACUUGGGAAUGAAGACAGCGUCACAGGAAGAGAUUUGCCGCCUCAGUUUCAGAGCGAUCAAGAUAAACUCUUGGACAGUAACAUUCUAUCUCCAUUCAGUGACUUGGCGUUUGAUAGCAACACCUUUUACUCUGGGUUUGAUUCCUAUGGUGUUGAUGAUCACUUGUCAUGGUUUGGAGCUUAGUUUCUUAACAUUUUUUGUUGGGAGGUUACAUGGUUCAAAGGAACAUGGCAAUAGUCUGACUCGUACAGUUACAUUCUCUACUGCUGAUCUUAGAUUUGUUAAGAGAAACAAUUGUUUUCCUUAUGAAUAAUUUGGCAGACACUUCUGCUUGAAAGCAGUGAGUGUGUCUUUUGUAAAUUAGCCCUGUGAAUGAUGAUCUUUUUGUCUGUUCAAGUUUCAUCUUCAUAUCUUCAUGUACUAUCUGAGUUUGAAUCUCUCUGUGUUUUUUGAAGGGUAAGUAUGAACUUGAUGAUGAGGUCUUUGACCUUAACCUU